UCCCUCCACCGUCGCCUUUCCUCUGUAACCCUGACCUUUCGCUCUUCGCUCCGCCACUUCCCGGCCUACACCUCCCUCCUCCACCCGGCGCCCCCCUCCCCCCCACACCCUGCCCAACCGCCCGAUGGGCAGCCGUGACGAAGCCCAGCCUUCCGUGGCUCAAGACCCCUUCGCCGCCGCGGCUCAGCCCCUCCUCCUCCCACCCGCCGCCGAUCUCGUCGACCCCUCUGCCUCUUCUCCUCCGUCUCCCGACGAGGACUCCUAUCCCCCGAUAUCCUACCACCACGGCCGCCGGCCGAUCCGUGACCUCCCGGCACUCCUCCUCUUCCUCCUCCUCUCCCUCGCCACCUUUGCCCUCGGCAUCGCCGCCGUCGCCCGCCGCAACCCCGCUGCCUCCCACGCAUCCUCCUUCGUUUACGACCGCUCCACCUCCUCCUGCGUUCUCCCCUCCUCCAAUUCCUUCUCCUCCUCUUCUUCUUCCACUUUCUUGAAGGAUCUCAUCUGGACCCUCGUCGUCACGCUUCUCCUCGCUGGCCCCAUCGCCCUAGCUGUCCUAUGGCUCCUCCGACAUUACGCCAAGCAGGUGGUCUACGCUUCCAUCCCCUUCUUCAUCGUCAUACCCUCCUUCCUCAACGUCUACUGGUUCGUCGCAUGCGCCGUCGGCCAUGACUGCCGCCACGCCUUCCCUCUCGCCUACCGCAUCAUCGUCCUCGUUUUCGUCUUCCUGCUCAUCGGGAUUUUCCUGUGGAUUAUCGUCGCCAACUUGCACCGCAUCGAGCUCACAAUCCAGAUCGUGCGAGUCGCAGCGACGGCGCUCGCGAACAACAUCGGGCUUCUUGCCGUCCUUCCAUUACUGGGGAUCGGGCUGCUUGCUUACUUUUCGCCAAUUAUCGUGUUCCUGGUGUUCUCGACCUGGAACGGGAGGGUGGUGCCGAGGGAGGUCGAGGGGACAAGCAAGGAGUAUUACAAGUGCGUGUGGAAGCAGGAGAGUUGGGUGCCUGCUUAUUUUGCUAUCGCCAUCAUAACAAUGAUUUGGUCUGCCGCGACGUUGAUGGAGGCGAAGGUGUACGUGAUUAGUGGCACUGUUGCACAGUGGUACUUCAACAAGGAGGAAUCGAGGCCUACUAAAAGCAUAAGGAGUUCAUUGAGGAAUGCUUUCGGUCCAUCAUUUGGCACAGUCUGUUUUUCAGGAAUGACAGUGGGUGUUGUACGUGUUGUUCGUGCUAUUGUAGAUAGUGGAAAGCAAGAUGAAGGAGCUCGAGGUUUCAUAAACCUAAUUCUCAAGUGCUGUGCCAAUUUCGUGCUGGCAGCAAUUGACUUUGUCAACAAAUUUACCAUAAUUUUUGCUGCAAUAACUGGUGAAGGCUACUGUUCAGCUGCUACGAUGACAUAUGAGCUUCUAAGAAGGAAUCUCCUCUCUGCUGUUUUUGUUGAGACUGUCUCCACACGUAUACUGAUUGGAAUAAUUUUCGUCCUCUCAGCAUUUUAUGCUAUAGCUGUCUGUGCUAUUCUAAGGGGUAUCAGUGCUCUUGGCAUGGAGAUGUACUUUGUGGCUGCUUUCGCAUGGCUUCUGCUCAUUGUGGUUCUAGGGUAUUUCGUUCAUGUGCUGGACAAUGUCAUCGAUACCAUCUAUGUGUGUUAUGCAAUAGACAGGGAUAAAGGGGAAGUUUGUAAGCAGGUGGUCCACGAGGUUUACGUGCUCCUACCAGUCAGUAGGAAUCAUGGAUCUUCCGUCAACAGAUCUUCAGUAAUUCCUUGAUGAUUAUUAUGUUAUCACACCAGUAAAAUUCUGAUGAUGCCCUGCUGCAAAGGCAACAAGAGAAAUAAGCCCUCCAUAGCUGCUAGCAGAGGUCCAUUCUUUUGUCUCUGAAUCAUAGCUUCCUGUAAAAUAUCUGAUUUGUUUUUAUCUCAUCUGUAGAAAUAUGUAACUUUACUGUUGCUAUCUUUUUUGCAUCAUUCUGGUAACAACCAUUUGGCUGCGUUUUGCUUGGUUUUUACUGGUUAUUGAAUCUGUAAUUUUCUUUUAGGGUUACUUCAGUUUGAUAAGAACCAAAAUGUUUAUCGUUCAGGAGUA